AUGAUUAAAUAUAAUAAGAAGAAAAUAUUAAUUGAUAAAGAAAAAAAUGACUUGAAUCGUACAGAUAGUUCACUUUAUAAUAUAUCUGUUGAAGAAUGUCAAAUAUUAUGUGGUUUACUUCCUGAUCAUAUUAGUGAUAUUGCUCGAAUUAUACAUCAAAAUCCACAACAUAUAUUUGAAUUUUUUACAAUAUGUAGACAAAAUAUGAACCAACGUGCAGCGGCUGUAUUUUUUGGAUAUAAAACCCAUGCAUCGAUAUCUUCACAUUUUAAUCAAAUAUUGGGAUCAUUAUCAAAUGAUUUUGUACCAAUUUACAUUGGAAGUAGUGCAUUUACAAGAACAGAUAUACAACGAAAUACACCUGAUUUAUUUAAAAAACUAUUUCCUGGUGUUGUUGGCAUUAUAGAUGGAAUUUAUCUGUUCUGUCAAAAAUCCAAAUGUUUUGAAUUACAGAAAAAAACUUCGUCGGAACAUAAAAAACGAAACCUUAUCAAAAUUUUGGGUGUUCGAUUUGCUAAUGGAAGAUGGAUUCAUGAUAUAUUUGAUGAAAGAACAGAUGAAUUUAUUGGUGAUAGAGGGUUUAGAAACGUAGACAAUGAAAGAUUUACAGUUCGCAUACCACCUUCAUUAGCAAAAGAUCAAGUUCAGUUAUCGACACAAGAUGCAAACACAACGAGAAAAAUAACAAAACUUCGAAGUUGUAUUGAACGUGGAUUUGGUCGGUUGAAGAAAUGGAGAAUAAUUGGUACUGUUAUUGAUAACAAUUUAAUUUCUAAAGUUGAUUCAUUAUUAAGGAUACUAAGUGCUAUUGAUAACAACUAUUUUGAAUCAUUAUUCGCUCCAGCUGAUAGUGAUGAACAAGAUGUUGAAUUUAUCAAACAUCGUGAAGUUAUUUCCAAUAUUCUACAGAAUCUACCAACAACACUCCAAUGGAUCACAAGACAAGUUCACGAAAUUGUUGAUUUUAUACCAGCAUUAACAUUAGAAACUAUUCGAGAUUAUGGAUUAGGUGAUUAUGCAUUAAAAUUAGCUAUUCCAUAUCUACAACAUGCAACAGCUAUAUGUGUUAAAACACAUAAAUCAAAGCAAUAUUCAAAUGUUAUUAAAGUAGAAGGUAUAAAAUCAAGAUAUUCGAAAAAGUCUGCGCCAAAACAUCAUAUAGUAUUUCUUCAAUUUGAUAAUGACAACUGGGAAAAUGAUUAUACAUUGUCAAGUGACUAUGAUAGUGACUAUGAAUCCUUGUUAAAUAUUAAAUGUAUUAAUUCAUAUUGUUCUUGUAAAUCAGGUGCACGUACGUUAUAUUGCAACAUCAAAGAUGUACCAAUACCUGGUUAUAGAGCUAAAUCAAUUAUCUUACAACAAAAUAUCACAGAUCUCCAACCGUUCAAUCAACAUCGACGUGAACAAAAAAGUAAUAAAGAUGACAUACAUGAUACCAAUGAAGAUGAAUCAUCCAGUGAUGAAUUUCUUGAAGAUAAUAGACGUAAAAAGAAAAGAACUUAUUGA